GCGCUGCUGGCCGCUCCGAGAGCGUUGGGCCGCCCGAAGCGCUGCGCGUCCCCGCGAGCCGGGGGGUUGGGAGGGGUACGGAGCUGCCUCGGAGGGAGAGGAUGGACAGCGAGGUGCAGAGGGACGGCCGCAUCCUGGACCUGAUCGAUGACGCGUGGCGGGAGGACAAACUGCCGUACGAGGACGUGGCCAUCCCGCUGAAUGAGCUCCCUGAACCAGAGCAAGACAAUGGAGGUACAACGGAGUCUGUGAAAGAGCAAGAAAUGAAGUGGACAGAUUUGUCUCUGCAGUAUCUCCAUGAAAACGUCCCUCCCACGGGAAACUAAUGAAUCCAGGGGACUUCAUGUAAAAUUAUAUCUUCUGUUAACUUAUUCUUUAGUUGGUGCCAAUUCUGCUCUUAAAUGUUUUCUACACGUGAUAAAAAUGUACUUUUGACUGUC